AUGAGCUCGUCUAGGGUAGGAGCCCAUCUUCCUGUCGAACUUAUCCUUCUUUCCGCCGAAUAUCUUAUGCCUGUUGACCUGCUGUCUCUUUUAUGUGCGGCUCCUGGACUCGCACAGGUCCUAACUUUUCAGCAUACCACCCUUCAGGACGAAGGAGGGAGAUCGAUUCUACAUUUACUCGCGAGCGGGGGGGAGGGCAGAUUGAUGAAGCUACUGCUCGCAAACGCUAGUAUCAGGCCAGACCCGAAGGACAAUUAUGGCCGGACGCCGUUAUCCUAUGCGGCUGGACGUGGAGGAGGUGGAUAUGAAGCAGUAGUCAUGUUACUGCUGGGCCGACAGGAUGUCAAGGCGGACUCGAAGGAUAACGAUGGGUUAAGUCCCUUAUCCUAUGCGGCUCGAGGUGGACAUGAAGCAGUGGUCAGGCUCCUACUGGGCCGACAAGAUAUCGAGGCGGACUCAAUGAACAACGAUGGGCUGACUUCGUUAUCUUUUGCGGCUGAGGGCGGACAUGAAGCGGUAGUCAGGCUACUGCUGGACCGACACGAUGUUGAGGCGGACUCGAAGGAUAACUUGGGUCGGACACCGUUGCUGUAUGCGGCCUGGCGCGGACAUGAAGCGGUAGUCAGGCUACUGCUGGACCGACACGAUGUUGAGGCGGACUCAAAGGCUAACUGGGGCCAGACACCGUUAUCUUUUGCAGCUGGAGGUGGCCACGAAGCGGUAGUCAGGCUACUGCUAGACCGACACGAUGUUGAGGCGGACUCGAAGGACAACUUGGGUCGGACACCGUUGCUGUAUGCGGCCUGGCGCGGACAUGAAGCGGUAGUCAGGCUACUGCUGGACCGACACGAUGUUGAGGCGGACUCGCAGGCUAACUGGGGUCGGACACCGGUAUCCUGUGCGGCUGAAGGUGGACAUGAAGCAGUGGUCAGGCUCCUGCUGGACCGACAAGCUGUCGAGGCGGACUCGAAGGAUAAUUGCUGA